UGAGUAAAAUAAAUAAAAAGCUUUUAAGCAAGUCUAAAAUAAAAUAAUAAAAUAAUAAAUAAUAAAAUGGCCGUGAUACGCCUCGUAUUGCCGUUGAUAUUUGUAAUGUGCUGCGUUUUGCUGCAAUCGACUAGCGCAUUGAUCCAUGUUGUUGGAGGAACUAAUGGUUGGGAAAUUCCCCCUAAUGCCACCUUCUAUUGUGAUUGGGCUAAGCCUAGAACUUUUGGCGUUGGUGACAAAUUAGUGUUUCCAUACAGAAUGGGAGCACACAACGUGCUAGAAGUAUCAAAGGCAGACUUUGACAAAUGUGGGCAUGACCAUGUAAUAAACAUGUUCUACAAAGGUCCAACCCUAAUUCAGCUCAACACAACCGGUGACUAUUACUUCUACAGCGGCAUUGGGACCCACUGCGAGCUCGGUCAGAAGCUACACAUCCAAGUCGUCCCCGGACGCGGUUUCUCCGGUCGUGGGGUCCGCUUCCUCGAGGUGUUUUCCCGUGCUCUCGCCCCGUCUGCCCCUGCUGACCAAGAGAAGUCUGCCCCUCACAACUCUGCCACUAGCACCAUUGCCCUCCCCUUCUUGGGCUUGCUCUCUUGUUUCUCUUUGUUUAUGUUCCUUAUAUGAUCACUAAAAUUAUAAGUAUGUGCAUGAACAUGCACAACAUAUAUUUUUUUUUAUUUAAAAUAAUUUUUUCAAUUCAAUUUUAUUUGUUAAUUUAUGUGGGUACAUGAACGAGUUUAAUUGGUUUAUGUAUAGUAGAUUUGGUGUGAAAUCAUUGCAAAUUGUCAGAGGAUUGUAAUUCUGGUUUUGACACAAUGGUUAAUUAGUUUUUUUUGCUAUAGAAAAGAGGAAUUAAUUUCCUUCGUUGGAUUA